CCCUGUCAAAAUCAUAUGUUUAAUAAGAAAUAAAUAAAAAAAUUCAUCGUGAAGUUAGGCGUAAUAAAGUGUUUUCUUUUGGAAUUUGUGCUCAAUUUAUUUGAAUUUGAAAUUAAAGAGACCGUUUUUUUGUUUAUAAAUAUUUUCCAUAAAAAUUCGAAAAAUUAUUAAAACCUAUAUCAACAAUAUGGCUGAAGAUGAAAACGUUGAUUUCAUUGAAACUGGAACAGAAGACUGGUAUACUUAUGACCAUUUGGGAUAUGAGACAACGGUAACAAAUGUCAACGAGAGCAAUGAGCUUCUGCAUGCAGUCAACGUGGCAAACGAACAAUAUUCCCAAUUGAAUGGUUACCAUGAAGUGAAAUGUGAAGAGCCUGCAGCAGAAGAGGAAGAACAAGCUCAUCAUAAUGUAAUACUCAAUUACGACGGACAGCCGGAAGAUGUUGAAAAUGAUUUGUCCAAACAUAAUUUGGUUUUAAAAGAGAUAAUCACGGAGCAGGGUCUCAUAAAGGAGAGCUAUUUUUGCCAAGAAUGCUGUACCCAAUACAGCGACAUCAAUGACUUUCUACUACAACAUCCGGGCAUUGAAUUGUUAAGUGAAAAACCGGAAGAUGAUGAUGGUGACAUUGAAGAGGAUACUCAGGGAGAGUAUGUUUCAGUGAUAGAUAUAAAAAACGAAGGAGAAACUCAAGAUAAAUUAUGGGAUUUGGUUGAAAACGUUGUGGAGAAAGAUGAUGACAGCAAUGUCAAUGGUGGCGAUGUUGAUGAAGAUCCAGUUAUGUCCGAUUUAAUACAAUUGAAUAAUAGUAACGGUCAACAAAUGGAAAAUGAAACUGUUACUAAUGUCAAUGAAGCUUUGGAAACGAAAGGUGAACAUUAUUUUUGCUAUGAAUGUCAUCAGCUAUUCAGUGAUUUGAGAUCGGCUGAAGAACAUGAUUGUGGAAAGAGGGUAGUUAAUGAGACAACGGAAAAUCCAGAGGCAGAGGAAUUACAUCAGCCGGAAGACGAGGAUGAACUAGUUUGUAGUUAUUGCCAAAAGGUGUGCUUGUCAUAUAAUGAUCUCAUUGAUCACAUGACAAACUGUGAACAAAAUAUUUUGGUACCCAUUACUACAGAUGGUCAAGAGUUGUUUUCCUGUGAUUUAUGCCACAAUAGGUAUCCAAAUUUACGGGCACUUUAUAACCACCAACGAUCACAUAAAAAUGUGAAGUACGGUGUUCCAGUGAAACCAGUUAAAUGUGAAAUCUGUAAUACCAUAUUUCAAGCACCCAAAAAUUUGAAAUUACAUAUGAAAAUGCACGCCGAGCGUUCAGUAAAGUCGAUACAAGAAGCCCUGCCAGCUGGUGCCCUCCCAGAAUACAAUGAGUUAAACCAAUUUUUCUGUGAAAUCUGCAAUAAAAGUUUUGAUCAACGUCUGCUGAACAUACACAAGAACAUGCAUCAAAAUGUUGAGGAAUACAACUGUAGCAAAUGUAACAAACAAUUUAAUAAUAUUAGAGACUAUGAAAUGCACACACAAAUGCAUUUUGAAACAAAAACCAAGAAUACUUCGAACCACAAUGUUACCACAGCGGCAUCAUCCGAUGCUAAUGGUAGUGAUCCAUCCCAAAAUUCCAAUAAAAAACAUGCAUGUCAGUAUUGUGGAAAGGAAUUUCAGCGUCCAUAUGAAAAAGUCAAACACGAACGGGUCCAUACCGGAGAAAAGCCAUACAAUUGUGAAGUAUGCGGUAAAUCGUUUCGUGUCUCAUAUUCACUUACCCUACAUUUGCGUACCCAUACCGAUAUUAGACCCUAUGUCUGCGCUAUUUGCAAUAAACGUUUCAAACAACAGUCGGUUUAUGUACAUCAUCUGAAGACACAUGAGGCCGAAAGGCAAUACAAAUGCGAAGAGUGUGGCAAAAGUUUUCGUACCUCCGUUCAAUUGUGUGGCCAUAUAAAUAGUCAUAAAAAGCCCUUUAAUUGUACAGAAUGUAAUCGACCGUUUGCCUCAAUGUAUGCCGUCAGGGUGCACAUGAAAACCCAUAAUAAAAAUAAUAAGGCCAACAAGAAUUUUAGCAAUCGUUGUAAUUUAUGUGGGGCAUCAUAUGCUAGAACAUUUGCUUUACGUAUUCAUAUGAAGGAGCAACAUGGCAUUGAAAUGGAUUCAUCAACUGAUCUAGAGACAUCGCCAACAGCUUUAACUAAAAAAUAUUUAAAUAAACCAUCAGCAAGUGGGACCAUUAACACAAAUGAGAACAUGGAUUUCAUUGACGAAGAGGAGGAUGAUAAUAAUGAAUUGUCGAGUCAUCAAGAUGCCGAUUUAGAUGAAACAGAGGCAGCCACACAAACCAUAAUGCCCAAAGACGAUAUAAUCGUUGAUAAUGCGGAACAAAUCAUAAUGGAGUGGUUACAAUAGUAGGCAAGAUCGUUUUUAUACUAUUAUCUAUAAGUAUGAAAUUAAUGUUUGAUUAUGAUUAUUGUAACGAAGUUUUUUUUAAGCGUUGUAAUUAAGUAUUUUUAAAACUCUGUAAAUAUAGAAAGUGGAUUCAAAUGAGAGUGUGAAUGUUUUUAGCACAAAUGGAUCAAAUAAUACAAAAAGAAAAUUAAAAAUUA